AUGCGAAAAGCUAUUAAUGGCACCCGCCUCAAACAGAAAUUGUCAGUAACGCUAGGUCGUAACGAGAAACCCCUAGCCACUGGAACGCUGAAGAUUUGGCCGGAGGACGAUCCAGAAGAUGACCGGAUUGUGGCACAGUUGAAAUACAUCCCACCAAACUAUCCUCUGUCAAGUAAGGUAGGGGUCAAGCCGCCCAACGAUAACAUUCCGGUCGCGGGAGAUGCUGUGAAAAAAAUGAACUCUGACAAUGGUCAGAUUAUCAAAGCUAAUCGGACAUCGCCAGCUCAGAAACCGAAGACCAUUGUCCUAUACAACGGUUUCGGCGUGGCACAAGUCAAACGCGGCCGGGAGAUCUUCGUGGAAAAUAAGUGUCAAGUUAGCAAUUGUUUUUUAACGGACGAUCGGGCUCGCAUGGUGGACGCGGAUGCUGCACUUUUUCAUCACGCUGCGAUCACUGCUAGCGGGCCCCGGCCUAAAAACCAAAUCUGGAUUUUGUACAUGCUGGAGUGCCCCUACCAUACGCCGGGCCUGAGCUCGGUCAAGAACGUAUUCAACUGGACGGCUACCUACCGUCGGGACAGUACUAUUGUGGCGCCGUAUGAAAAAUUUCGUUUCUUCAAUGCGUCGCAACCACAAAAGAAACAGACGAAGAACUACGCCAAACAAAAAACCAAAAAGGUGGCGUGGUUUGUAUCAAACUGUGGGGCACAAAAUCGUCGGCGGGAAUACGCCGAUGAGCUUUCUAAUCACAUUCCGUAUUGUCUGCUAAAUGAAAGGGCCCUUUUCUUUCACAUGCCAGCCAAACAAAGGUCGAGGCCAAUGGCGGCAACGGAACAUCAGUUCUUUUGUCACGUCUUCUUCUUUCAAGCCAUCAAGCUAAAUCCUUGCCAUAGUCUGUUCAUAUCUAUCUAUCUAUCUCAGUCUGUUCAUAUCUAUCUAUCUAUCUAUCUCAGUCUGUUCAUAUCUAUCUAUCUAUCUAUCUCAGUCUGUUCAUAUCUAUCUAUCUAUCUAUCUCAGUCUGUUCAUAUCUAUCUAUCUAUCUAUCUCAGUCUGUUCAUAUCUAUUCAUCUAUCUAUCUCAGUCUGUUCAUAUCUAUCUAUAUCUAUCUAUCUAUCUAUCUCAGUCUGUUCAUUCAUCUAUCUAUCUAUCUCAGUCUGUUCAUAUCUAUCUAUCUAUCUAUCUCAGUCUGUUCAUAUCUAUCUAUCUAUCUAUCUAUCUGUUCAUAUCUAUCUAUCUAUCUAUCUCAGUCUGUUCAUAUCCAUCUAUCUAUCUAUAUCUCAGUCUGUUCAUCAUCCAUCUAUCUAUCUAUCUAUCUCAGUCUGUUCACUAUCUCAGUCUGUUCAUAUCUAUCUAUCUAUCUCAGUCUGUUCAUAUUCAUAUCUAUCUAUCUCAUCUCAUCUAUCUAUCUAUCAGUCUGUUCAUAUCUAUUCAUCUAUCUAUCUCCAUCUCAGUCUGUUCAUCUAUCAUCUCAUCUCUGUUCAUAUCUAUCUAUCUAUCUAUCAGUCUGUUCAUAUCUAUCUAUCUAUCUAUCUCAGUCUGUUCAUCCAUCUAUCUAUCUCAGUCUGUUCAUAUCUAUCCUCUACAUCCAUUCAGUCUCAUAUCUAUCUAUCUAUCUAUCUCAGUCUGUUCAUAUCUAUCUAUCUAUCUAUCUCAGUCUGUUCACAUCUAUAUCUAUCUAUCUGA